AUGCGUUGGUCAUUUACAAUAAGCAUUUAUAUCACUCUCCACGCAUCUCAUUCUCAACAAUAUCACAGUAUCACAGUCUUCAGUAUUGAUAUCCUCCAAAUGGCAGUCGACGUCGACCACCUCUUUGGGCUUAGCCCCAAUAUCCCUCAAUAUGCGUACAAGAACAAACGCACCUUCCUUGCUGUGCGAGACGAGGCAACACUUCUCUUCAAGUCGAAGAAGAAUCAGAGCCAAUACAUCGUCUUUUCUGGCGUUACCAAGGACAUCUACUAUCACGAUCUCGACGAAGAGUUAGGCAUCGAUUCCUUCAUUCCAAAUCUCGAGAUCAUCCUAUAUAAAAUGCCGACUCGGACACAUGAAGCAAUCCAACGGGAAUUCGCCACAAUGCUGGAUGAGAAGCUGAUGCACAUGGGCCGUCUUCAUAAAGCGAUCCUUAGAAUAGGUGAAGCCGAUGUAGAGGGAGAAGGCCGGACAAAGCGACCAGACACGUCAUAUCUCCCGAUUCGGUAUCCCAAUCGAAAGUGGCCUACCUUGGUAGUAGAAGUCGGAUUUAGUCAGGAUUUACGGAAAUUGCAAACGGAUGCUCGAUGGUGGUUGUCCGAGUCGAACGGUGAUGUACGGACCAUGAUUAUCAUUUCGAAAAAUCCGAAAAAAAAUGAAAUGACGAUUGAGAAAUGGAUAUUUGAUCAGGGGCCAACUCGAGAAUACCAUACCAUGGUAGUGAAAGACGUAAACGGAGCCAAAGCUACAAAUCAGAAUCCUUUGAUUAUUGGAUUCAACGAUCUCUUACUCCGCGAUCCACAGGAACCUCUAGAACAGGAUAUCAACUUUCCUGGGGGUGACUGGGAGGAAUAUGCAGACAGGGUAUGGGCAUGGCAAUAUGCGGAGGAAUAG